AGAGAAGUCUAUGAACAUGAGAUGGAAAAUCAAUGCUACCUUUGUUUUGUAUUUUUUUCAAAGCCCACCUUUCUAUCUUUGAGUUUAUGUUGACAUCUCGUCGUAAGCCACUCUGGAAAGCCAGUUCACGGGUGUCACCCCUCUUCGGAUUCUGAACUGAGCAUUGGUAUCAUCAACUAGCAACCAGAACAGAAUUGUCAGGUUUUGGGCUUCAUGGAAUAGUCCCAUAGCCUAUAUAACGCUAGCGUCUUCAAGCCUCAGUACAGACAGUAGUUUGAAACUUGAAGAAUCAUAAGCACAGGCAGAAUGGCAAAGCCCCUCGCAAAGCUCUUCUCCACGCCGCUGCCACUCUUCACAGCCGCCUUCCUGCUGCGCGCUAUUCUACUCAUCUACGGCCUAUGGCAAGACGCCAACUCGCCGCUCAAGUACACCGAUAUCGACUACCUAGUCUUCACCGAUGCAGCGCGCUUCACUUUCUCCCCCACUGGCCCGGCCUCCCCCUAUGCCCGGGAAACCUACCGCUACACGCCUCUCCUCGCCUGGCUUCUUUACCCCACCACCCUGCCGGGCGUCUUUUGGUUCUCCUUCGGCAAAAUACUAUUCGCAGUCGCGGAUCUGUUGGCAGGAUGGCUGAUCGUGCUCGUGCUGCGGCGCCAUAUGGGUAUGCCGAUGCAGAGCGCCCUUAAGUACGCGAGCAUUUGGCUGCUGAACCCCAUGGUGGCUACCAUCUCCACCCGCGGCAGCUCUGAAGGCCUUCUGGGCGUGCUUGUCAUGGCGCUACUGUACGCCGUGCUGGAGAAGCGAGUCAGGACGGCGGGGGUCCUUCUCGGGCUGGGCGUGCACUUCAAGAUCUACCCCUUCAUCUACGCUCCUGCGAUCGUGUGGUGGAUGGAUGCUGAGCGGAUGGGUGCUGAGGUUACGCGCGGCACGCCGGCUAUCUUGCGUUUUGUAACCUCGGACCGGGUGCGUCUGGCUGUGUACAGUCUGGCUACAUUUAUGGGGCUCAAUGUGUGGAUGUACAACUUGUAUGGCAACGAGUUCUUGCAGCACACCUUCUUCCAUCAUGUUACGAGGAUCGACCACCGGCAUAAUUUCAGUCCGUACAACGUUUUGUUGUACCUCACCUCCUCGCAGCCUGAGAUAGCCACCAGUGAAUUCAGAAUCGAGAGCCUGGCGUUCCUGCCGCAGAUUUUACUCAGUACGGUGCUCAUACCCCUCGUGGGCGGGAAGAAGGACUUGCCGGCGACUAUGCUGACGCAGACUUUUGCCUUCGUCACCUUUAACAAGGUCUGCACAAGUCAGUACUUCCUCUGGUACAUGGUCUUCCUUCCUCUCUACCUACCCAACUCAUCGCCGUUGCAAAAGCCAAAGCUGGGCCUCUCGGCUCUCGUUCUGUGGGUGGCCACACAAGCUGCCUGGUUGCAGCAGGGCUACAACCUCGAGUUCUUGGGCCAGAGCACUUUUGUCCCGGGGCUGCUGUACUCGUCACUUGCCUUCUUCCUGGUCAAUUGUUGGAUAUUGGGGUUGAUUAUUAGCGAUUUCGAGAAAUCAGCCACCUUGUAGUCCAGCAAGGUUGUCUGGGAUGAUGAUGGCCUUUGGAUUCAUGGGUUAUAACUGUCAAGCAUGGUGAGAUUCAAUACCUGUAGAUAUGCACAAUAGGACAAACAUGCCAAA